UGCGAUAACAAUGACUUCAUAUCGAUGCUGCCGAAGAACACAAAAUGCAGCCGUAACGAAGCCAAGGUUUUUGAGCAAACAUGCCUUGACUCACAUUUGACAGAGCGGCCACACAAAGAGUACAUCAUGCCGUACUCUGAUGCGCUCUUCCGUGAAGCAUCCAUCGAGUGGAUCAUAGCAACAGAUCAGCCAAUACAAGCCCUUGAACAUGCAUCAUUCAAGAAGAUGAUCGACGUUGCAGCUCACGCAACCAAUGGUGUCGAAAUCUCGAACUGCAAGCAGUUAUGCCAUCAAGUAAUCGACAUGUUCAAGCGGCAGAUGAUGAAGCUGUGGGAACGAUUGACGGUAUGUUUUUGCUUAAUUUAA